AUGGCGCUCUUAUUCAACUUCAAGACUUUUAUCUUAGGUUUCGUCAUCUACUACACAACCUACUUGCACUACUACAAAUGUCCAUCAUUGACCCCAAUCGUUGAGUUGGAACAGAAAAUCUUGCACCCAUUGAGCAACCAACACUCCACCUUGUGUGAAUUGGUCAAUGGUGGAAUCGACAAAGCUCAACCUUAUGUCAACAAGGUCCACACCUUUUUGGACAAUAAUGUUCAUUCUCAUCCAUUAUUUAUUGAAUACAAGGUUGAAGAAUAUAUCCAAUGUGCUCAAAACAGAUGGUCUACUUAUGUUUAUCCAUUGGUUCAACAAUUGUACCAAUUCACUGAUGUUACUGAAACACGUGUUUAUGAUGAAGUCAGUGCUUACUACAAGCAAGCUGAAGAGUUUGUUCAUGGUAAAUUGAAACAAGAUUAA